AGGCUGCGGCCGGCCCGGCCCAUCCGGUCACAUGCAGGAAGGAGGAGGGAAGGAGCCGGGCGGCGCGGCGCGAUGCGGGUCAAGGUGCUGAGCCGCAACCCCGACGACUAUGUCCGGGAGACGAAGCUGGACCUGCAGCGCGUUCCAAGAAACUAUGACCCCGUAUUGCAUCCGUUUGAGGUUCCACGAGAGUACACCAGAGCUCUGAAUGCAACAAAGCUAGAACGUGUGUUUGCAAAACCUUUUCUAAGCUCACUUGAUGGCCACAGAGAUGGAGUUAAUUGCAUGGCCAAACAUCCAAAGAGUUUGUCUACAGUACUGUCUGGAGCGUGUGAUGGAGAGGUUAGAAUUUGGAACUUGACCAAACGACAAUGUAUUCGUACUUUACAAGCCCAUGAAGGCUUUGUUCGAGGCAUGUGUGCUCGUUUCUGUGGUACAUCAUUCUUUACUGUCGGUGAUGACAAAACUGUGAAGCAAUGGAAGAUGGAGAGCCCGGCAUAUGGAGAAGAAGAAGAACCAAUUCAUACAAUUCUUGGAAAGACAGUGUAUACAGGAAUUGACCACCACUGGAAAGAAGCUGUUUUUGCCACCUGUGGCCAGCAAGUGGACAUCUGGGAUGAGCAAAGGACCAGUCCCAUGUGUUCAUUGACAUGGGGUUUUGAUAGCAUAAGCAGUGUAAAAUUUAAUCCUAUUGAGACAUACCUUUUGGGAAGCUGUGCUUCUGACAGAAAUAUUGUGCUGUAUGAUAUGAGACAAUCAACUCCAUUAAAGAAGGUUAUCUUGAACAUGAGGACAAAUACACUGUGUUGGAACCCCAUGGAAGCUUUCAUUUUUACUGCAGCAAAUGAAGAUUACAACUUAUAUACUUUUGAUAUGCGCUUCCUUUCAUCGCCUGUCAUGGUGCAUAUGGAUCACGUGUCUGCUGUUCUUGAUGUGGAUUAUUCACCCACGGGGAAAGAAUUUGUCUCUGCCAGCUUUGAUAAGUCUGUCCGCAUUUUUCCUGUGGACAAAGGCCACAGCAGGGAGGUCUAUCACACAAAGCGAAUGCAGCAUGUCAUCACUGUAAAAUGGACUUCAGAUAGCAAAUAUAUUCUGUGUGGCUCAGAUGAGAUGAAUAUCCGUCUGUGGAAGGCUAAUGCUUCUGAGAAACUGGGAGUGCUGGCACCACGAGAGAAGGCAGCUAUGAACUACAAUCAGAAGCUGAAGGAGAAGUUCCAGCAUCACCCGCAGAUCAAACGCAUAGCUCGGCACCGUCACUUGCCUAAAAGUAUAUUCUGCCAGAUCAAGGAACAACGUAUCAUGAGAGAAGCUCGUCGGCGAAAAGAAUUGAAUCGUCGCAAGCACAGCAAACCAGGAUCUGUGCCAUUGGUGUCAGAGAAGAAGAAACAUAUUGUAGCAGUAGUGCAAUAAUUGUUUUCACAUGUACAAAAUCAAGACUGUUAAAGUUGCUAAUAUUAAUAAUGACAGUUGAAUAAAUACCUUUUUUUAGCUUAUUUAAAACUUGUGUAAUCUGGAUGAAAGGUGGCACAAGUUAUAUAAAACCCAGAAACUUCUUUAUAUGAGACUUACUGUAAGCCUCAUAUUUGAAGUUUGUAUUACAAAAAUAAAAGUUUUGCAAUUCUCAAGGUA